GACACAGCUUUUUUGUGCACGGCCGCGCAUCCCUGAACGGAACAGUAAGGCGAAAACUCAAAGGACGUGGAGACACACUGGUAGAGAGCGGCUCAGUGGACGUUAUUUACACGUGAAGAGUCACGGAAAGACCAAAAAGUCUCGGUUCUUCUUCGGGACUCGAGCGGACACACAGCCCCUUUGAAGCUGUGGUUGGAAGGGGCGACUUGUUUUGAAGUUUGUUUUGAAUUUCAGACUUUUGACACUGUUACCCAGUCGCACAAACUAAUGUCGUCGGAGUAGUUUAGGAAAGUGACAGCUGCUGAUCACAGUGGGAUCGUCUCAUGUCCUGGAAGGACCUCUAGUACACCUCGUGUCUGUGGAGACUCACGUAGGCACAGCGGAGCGUUGCAGGAGGUCUUCUUGAUGCACAAGUGAGAAAAGCAUUGAGUGGUUUUUCUGGACCUCAGCUGCAGUCAGAAUACUUUCAUCGGGAGAGAACCCCACAGAGGAAAGUUCGAUCAUCACCAUCGUCACUGUGCUUGGACUAUGUUGAUGAAGGAGUACCGCAUCUGCAUGCCUCUCGCAGUGGAGGAGUACCGGAUCGGCCAGCUGUAUAUGAUCAGCAAACACAGUCAUGAACAGAGUGAACGCGGAGAAGGUGUGGAGGUGGUGCAGAAUGAGCCUUAUGAGGACCCAGAGCACGGAUCGGGCCAGUUCACAGAGAAACGGAUCUACCUUAACAACAAGCUCCCCAGUUGGGCCAGAGCAGUGGUCCCCAAGAUCUUCUAUGUCACAGAGAAGGCUUGGAACUAUUACCCAUACACUAUCACAGAGUACACGUGCUCCUUCCUGCCCAAGUUUUCCAUCCACAUUGAGACCAAAUAUGAGGACAACAAAGGGAACAAUGAUAAUAUCUUUGGCAGUGAGCCCAGAGAAGAGGAGACGGAGGUGUGUUUGUUGGACAUCGCUUACGAUGAGAUCCCCGAGCGCCACUACAAGGAGUCGGAGGACCUUCGGUAUUUUAAGUCAAAGAAGACAAAUCGGGGGCUUCUGCAGGAAGGAUGGCUCGACACCCAGGACCCCAUCAUGUGCUCCUACAAACUGGUCACUGUCAAAUUUGAAGUCUGGGGCCUGCAAACCCGUGUGGAGCAGUUUGUACACAAGGUGAUCCGAGAUGUGCUGCUUUUAGGACACAGGCAGGCCUUUGCCUGGGUGGAUGAGUGGAUUGACAUGACCAUGGAUGAAGUAAGAGAGUAUGAGCGUGCCACGCAGGAAGCCACCAACCUGAAGAUUGGCACUUUCCCCCCUACCAUUUCCAUCUCAGAGAACCCCCUGCCAUCUAGCACCCGCAGCGGACCCAACAGCGCCCCGUCCACUCCCCUCUCCACCGAAGCCCCUGAUUUCCUGUCAGUGCCCAAAGAGCGACCCCGGAAGAAGUCAGCUCCAGAGACUUUGACCCUACCUGAUCCAGGCCGCAGGGAUUCACUCUUCAAGCUUCCAAGCUUUUUCUCCUGGAACUCCAGUCCGCAACCAGAAUGAGAGCAGGGCUAAGCCGCUGUUAAACACCCCUGACCUGCGUAUUAGUGAAGGAUGCCUACCCAGCACAUCCUGCAAUGUUCCCUCAGCCAUCUGAAGAAGAAGUGACUGUCCUGGUGAUCCCAGCCCCUCAGCCGACUCGCCGGCGUUCCAGCAAAGCCAACAGCUCUCAGACUGCCUUUACAGGUACAGCUAGGCAUCCACAGGAAGGCCCGCCAAGUGUAAAGGUGUAGUAAAUCCCAGCGAGAGUCCAACAAAAGCACCUGCAGGCUCCUCAUCCUUCACUUCUCCUUAGAAAACAGCCAGUCUGCACCUUUCAUUAAUCAGUAUGGAGUCCAAUUAGCCUGACUGAGUGUAGCAUACAUUCCUGAAAUCGUUUUAUCCCACAGAGUGUCACUUUGUUUUCAUCCAAGCUCAGGGUGUGUUGGUGAAAAGAUAUCUAGAGACUCAGUGCACAUAAACUUAACAUUUGUUUUCUGCUUUAUCUUUAAACAUCUCUGGCUUUGUUCAUUUAUUUGGUAACUGAAUUAUGUAGUUGGGACUCUUGUUGGCCACUGUAACAGUUGAGUAUUAUGGUUUUCACAGUCAGAUGUAAGGUGAUUGUGUAUUCUUGUAUAUACUGUAUGAAAAAUAUAAAUGUGACUAAUUCAAAAAGAAUAUCACAUCAAGUGAUGAAGCUGCUCUGACAUUUCUGUAAUGUGUCUCAGCAGCCAUGAUGUCUUCAUGAAACAGCAUGAUUCUUGACUACCGGGGCUGCCCUUAAAUAUUUGUGAACUGAAUGUUUUCCUUAUCUGAGCCUCAUAUGUGAUGUCGUGUUUUACAGGAGUUUUUACAGACUUGGUCAUGUGGUGUUGUUUUGCUGCUGUAUUGACUUCAUUGUGGUUUUAUUGUGUUCACUUACUGUCAUACUAUUGAUGGGUUUUGUAUUCAGUAAAUGAAAGUAAAUACUGCUG